AACGUUUUUCAGACUGAUGUUUGGAGGGUCAAACGGUGUCCGAUUGUUCUGAAAUUUUAGGAGCAGGUUCGGGACACAUUGAACUUGAUUUCCACCGGUCAGUUUUGGAUUUGGAGGUCUGCAGGCUGAGAUAUUCGAAUUUGAACAGAGGCAGUAUUUUCUGGUUUUUCUGCAUAUUCUCUAGUUGUUUGCUCCUUGUUGUGGCAGUAUAUUUGCAGUAUCUUUAUACUGAUUUCAGCCCUUGUUUGAGACACUCUUGUACCCUAUUUCUGGUCAUAGUGGACGAACGAACCACCAGAAACACUGGGCACCAAAAAUGAGAGCUAAACUCCCCAAAAGGUGCAUUUUUUAAGACCACGUAGCACAGAAAUAAUAAACACGAAUAAACGAUAAUCGAACAACGACAAAAACUAGGAGAAUGAGAACGUUCACCCCUUAAUCAUAAACCACACCAACAUAAGAGAAGAAUUAAGGGUAAUCUCUGGUAUCAGAGCUCUUCGUGUUCAGUUACUCUAGUGUUGCUGUGUUAUAUUCUUGUUUGAGUGAUGGAGACAAAUACAAGCCGGAUGAUUAGUUUGGAUGGCACAAAUUAUCAUAUAUGGAAAGGAAAAAUGGAAGACCUCUUGUAUGUGAAAGAUAUGGAUUUGCAUGUUUUUUCAAUCGAGAAGCCAGAAUCAAAAUCAGAUGAGGAAUGGAAACGUGAUCACCGACAAGUUUGUGGCUUUAUUAGACAAUAUGUUGGUGAUAAUGUUUAUGGUCUCAUUGCAAAUGAAACACAUGCCAGGUCACUUUGGGAGAAACUCGAGUCCAUGUAUGCAUCCAAAUCUGGUAAUAACAAGCUGUACUUGUUGAAGUCCUUGAUGAACUUGUCUUAUAAAGAAACUACUCCUUUGUUGGAUCACUUGAAUGCAUUUCAUGGUAUUUUAGAUCAGUUAUCUGGUGUUGGUAUAAAGCUUGAGGAUGAACUAGCUGCUCUUUGGUUGCUAAACACUUUACCUGAGUCUUGGGAGAUAUUUAGGGUCUCAAUUAUCAAUUCUGCCCCGGAUGGUAUUGUAUCCAUGCAAACUGUUAAACCAGUUAUGCUUAAUGAGGAGAUGAGAAGGAAGAUGCAAGGUUCUUCAUCUCAAUCAGAGGUGUUAGUUACAGAACAUAGGGGGAGGAAUGCUAACCGAGAUCAAAGAGGCAGAGAGAAAUCCAGAAGCAAGUCCAAGUCCAGAUAUAAGAAUGUUGAGUGUCAUUAUUGUCACAAUACAGGACACAUCAAGAAAAAUUGCUUCAAGUGGAAAAGAGAUAACAAGGCUAAAGGCAAGAAUGAGAAAAAGGAUGAAGGUGGUAACCGUGUUUCUACUGCUGAUCUUGUUGAUGAUUUGAUCUUUGUCACCGAUGCAGAUGUGGUUAAUGCAGUGUCAGAUGACCAGAGCUGGGUUAUUGAUAGUGGUGCUACGUUGCAUGUGACUCCAAGGAAGGAAUUCUUCACAUCCUUAAAACUGAUGUUUGGAGGGUCAAACGGUGUCCGAUUGUUCUGAAAUUUUAGGAGCAGGUUCGGGACACAUUGAACUUGAUUUCCACCGGUCAGUUUUGGAUUUGGAGGUCUGCAGGCUGAGAUAUUCGAAUCUGAACAGAGGCAGUAUUUUCUGGUUUUUCUGCAUAUUCUCUAGUUGUUUGCUCCUUGUUGUGGCAGUAUAUUUGCAGUAUCUUUAUACUGAUUUCAGCCCUUGUUUGAGACACUCUUGUACCCUAUUUCUGGUCAUAGUGGAGCUUGCUUGGUGGUCUUUGUGACCCGUGGUUUUUACUCUCGAUUUGAGGGGUUUUCCACGUAAAAAAUUCUGGUGCAUCGUGUCUUUAUUAUUUGUGCUUAUUUGCUAUUAGCUUGUUGCUGUUUUUGAUCCUCUUACUCUUGCAAGUGGGGAAUUAGUAUUUGGUGUGGUUGUAUUCUCUUCUUAAUUCCCAUUAGAGAGGAGCUGAUCCGCCCAAUCCGCCGACGUCCAUGCUCCGUCACAACUUCAAAUUUCCGUCGCCGCUGGGGCCGCCAGAAGCGCUUGUAUUUCGUGAAGGCCAGCUCCGACCAGGCCGCCUCCCUGCCGCCCUCGCCGAACAGGACAUCGAGGCGGUCCGCCUGAAGCUCAUGUCUGAUCUCCGCCUGCACGCGGAUCACAAGCAGCAGGCCAUCAUAGGGCCCGCUCCCGGCCCACUGCCUGCAGCCUACUCCCGCGCCAUUACGUUUACUGGUUCUAAACCUCCGAAAAGGUCGGAGAGAAGCGCCAUUGCUCUUCAGAAGAAGAUUGAUGAGUUGCAAGCUCUUUUCCCAUACCUUUCGUUGAAGGAUAUUACUCUUAAUUGAUAGAUACUCAUUCUCAUACUCAUACUCUGUCAAAGGUGGUGUUCUACCAGACAUGCAAUGUUUGUGUCCGAGAUGGCAAGAGAGAUCUCCUUCAUUGCUAGUUUUGUGUAAAAGUGUUUGAAUUGAUUGACAAAUAUAUUAUAUUUCCAAAUUUAUCCUUCUUUGAAAUGUUCAUUUGAUUUUUCUUGAAUUCUUUUACAAACCUCCAGUCACUAUCAAAAUUGAUACUCCUUCCGUUCCACAAAACAAUACCUAUUUUGAAUAGUAUUUGGUCAUACAGUUACACGCUUUGACUACAAAUUAUGAGAAAAGUAUAUUGAAUCAUAAUAGAAAUUUAAUAUAAUUGGGUUCAUCUU